GAACUCUUAUUAGGAGUCAAGCGCAUGCUCAGUAGGCUCAACAUUUCAUGUGUGUCUUACAUCGCGAGUCCGGUGGAGGUCACAGUGAAUUGGUAAAGCAUUGGGACUGAUCCUUUCCCAUCAUGGCUAAAUUGUUUGAGUCAAUUGGAAAAUUGGGGCUGGCCCUGGCUGUUGGUGGAGGUGUGGUGAACUCUGCCCUUUUUAAUGUGGACGCAGGGCACAGGGCAGUGAUCUUUGACCGGUUUCGGGGGGUGCAGGAUGCCGUAGUUGGGGAGGGGACACACUUCCUGAUCCCCUGGGUCCAGAAACCAAUAGUCUUCGACUGCAGGUCUCGUCCCCGUAACGUGCCAGUCAUUACUGGAAGUAAAGAUUUGCAGAAUGUGAACAUCACCCUAAGGAUUCUGUUCCGGCCCGUUGCUAACCAGCUACCACGCAUCUUCACCAGCAUUGGCGAGGACUACGAUGAGCGAGUGCUUCCCUCAAUCACCACCGAAGUGCUAAAAGCAGUCGUGGCCCGGUUUGAUGCAGGAGAGUUGAUCACACAGAGAGAGUUGGUGUCCAGGCAAGUCAGUGAAGACCUGACUGAGCGUUGCUCCACAUUUGGCCUUAUUCUGGAUGAUGUGUCCCUGACACACUUGACCUUUGGUAAGGAGUUUACGGAGGCUGUGGAGAUGAAGCAGGUGGCACAGCAGGAAGCAGAGAGGGCCCGGUUUGUUGUGGAGAAGGCGGAGCAGCAGAAACAGGCAGCCAUCAUCUCUGCGGCAGGAGACUCCCAGGCUGCCCUGCUGAUCGCCAACUCACUGGCCACGGCCGGCGACGGCUUGGUGGAGCUGCGUAAGCUGGAGGCGGCAGAGGACAUCGCCUUCCAGCUCAGCCGCUCCCGCAACGUCACCUACCUGCCCUCCAACCAGGGCACACUAUUGCAGCUGCCCCAGUGAGGGCAGUAACACCCCCACACACACACACAUAUAUAUAUAUAUAUAUAUAUAUAUACAUACACACACACAGUAACGGCCAUAACUCCAGACUGACUCACGCAUAGACUGUGUUGAGCCACUGAAAGGACUACCAAUCUCAAACCCAGAAUGCAACUCGAUUGUGACCUUUACGUUGUCGCUCUCCCGCUUAGCAUUUCUUUGUCUCUUGCUUACUCUCUCUGUAAUAAAAGUAUGAGGUCUUCAGAUCAUG